AUGGUUUCUCUUAUUAUAUUCUUUACUGUGAUAGUGUUACUGCCUUGGAUUCCAGGUUUAGGAGUAGGCAGCCAAACUUCAACUGUUCCUAUGGUGACUACAGAAACCAUUGAAACUACAGAUUGUUCUUUUAUCAACCCCGAGGGUUACUGUUCAAGCAAUUUGCAUAUGUUUGAAUAUUACGAAAGAGAAGCCGACGACCCAGUAGGGGACAUCAGUAACGAAGUUCCAAGCGAAGCAGUUGUUAACUACACAAUAGUGGAAGAGGAAGAGAGUACAGUUUUCAGAGUUGAUUCGCACGGGGUUAUAUAUCCAAUGGCGCCGUUAGAUAGAGAGGAAGUGGAUGCAUAUACAUUUACCGUAGCUGCGACUGGAUGUCAGUUCACAAAAACUAUUCCUGUUCACGUUAAUGUACUCGAUAAGAAUGACAAUAUUCCGUAUUGGCUGCAGACCGAUUACCAUGUCCAAUGGAUUGAUGGAACAGCUGCUCGUGUCGCAAUUGUGGUCGUGUUAGCUUCAGACGAGGACAUAGAUGACAACGGUCGAUUGAUUUAUGUAGUAAAGCCCCCAUUUGACAAAUAUUUUUCGGCAGUUGAAAACGUAGUGUUCAAUAUUGACCAACUCGUUCUGUCCAAAUUUCUAGACGAUGACGAAGUAACUGUCGAGGACAAUGAGUUCACAUUCGCAGUUCAGGUAUGGGAUAACGGACAACCACCCGAAGAUGCAGCUACAGAUGCAGAAAUACAUGUUAAAAUAACAAGUCAGGUAGAGGAAGGCUUUGAAAACAUCACAUUGCAGUCUGCAUUCGUAUACGAGAACCAGCCGAUUGGAACAUAUGUUACAACUAUCUUAUCCGAAACAAGUGACGAUUACGAAGUGAUAUUUGUCGUUGCCGGAAUGUAUGAUUUAUUUGAAAUUGAUCCAAUAUAUGGGAACGUGACAACCAACAGGGUGUUUAAUAGGGAAGUCAAAGACGGGUAUCAUUUGAUAGUUAAUGGAUACAUCGCCGAUCAUACAACGUGCUUCAUUUACCCGAUUGCCGAAGAAUUGAUUAUUGAUAUAUUGGACAUGAAUGACAACUAUCCAAUAUUUAACUAUUAUACGUCAUCCGGAUCUAUUGCUGAAAACUCGCCACCAAACACAACAGUGAUAAUGGUACCACUCAUUGAAGCGACUGAUGCUGACAUCAAUGACAACUCUGCAAUAGUCUAUUCACUGUCAGGCGAUGGGAGUUACCAUUUCCAAAUCGAUGAAUUAACUGGCAUCAUCAAAACAGUCGAUAAUAACACUGCGCUUAAUUUGGACCGCGAAGUGAGAGAUACAUACGAACUCACGGUUACAGCAGCUGAUAUGGGCGGUGAUGUUGACAACCUCAAUACUACCAUAUCUAUUGUUAUCUAUAUCAGUGACGUCAAUGAUAACACACCAGAAUUUAAUGAGACAUUAUAUGAAUUUGAACUUGCAGAAGAUACACCUGUUAAUUACGUCAUAGGCACGCUAAUAGCCGAGGAUUAUGACAUAGGGCUGAACGGUCGUGUAUUAUAUUCUACGAUGGGUGGUAGCCAUGGUGAUUUUGACAUUGACAAAUAUUCUGGUGAUUUAUUCGUUACUGGGAUAUUAGAUCGUGAAUCUAUAUCAUCAUACGUCAUAAACAUUUCAGCUUAUGACACUGGAAAUCCAGUAUUAGAAUCUUACACCGUAGUCACUAUAGAUAUACUAGAUAUUAACGAUAAUAGUCCAGUAUUUAGUUUUGACUUAUAUAUAGGAAGUAUCGAGGAAUCCGCGCCAUUGGAUAGUUACGUGCUGACAGUGAGGGCGACAGAUGAUGAUGAGGAAACCAAUGCUGACGUCAUCUAUUCAAUUAAUAGCACUGAUUUUGUUAUAGACACAGUUACAGGUGACGUCACUACUGCCAGUCAGGACUUUGACUUUGAGGACGCCAACGCGCGAUCCUUCGAGUUUGCAGUGACUGCUACUGAUUGUGGAAACCUGUCAUCAACAUCGGUGGUCAGAGUCCAGAUUCUAGACAGCAAUGACAAUGCACCCGUUUUCACAGAAAAUGAUUAUUUUGGAUAUAUUGAUGAGAAUUCUGUCUCUGGUACGACAGUUGUUAUCAAUCGCUACAUUGAAACCAUUGAUGCCGACAUUGGACUGAACGCGGCGGUUGUUUACACACUCACGGGAGAAGGAAGCGAUCAGUUCCAGAUAGACAACAAAACUGGGAUUAUUACGUCGACUGCAAAUGACACUGAUCUUGACCGUGAAAACGUUAGCUCAUAUCAGCUUGUAGUCACUGCCUAUGAUAGAGACGCACAGAACGGAAGUCGGAGUUCAAGCGCCCCAAUAACUAUUUUGGUCAAUGACGUCAAUGACAAUAGCCCAAUGUUCCAGAAUACUUUUUUCAACUUUACUGUAAUGGAAGACACUGACGUGGGAAACAUUAUUGGCCAUGCCAUAGCAGAAGACGUCGACAUCGGCAUUAACUCACGACUAACGUAUACUGUAGUUAGCGGAGGCGAAGGUAAAUUCGAUGUUAACUCCGAGAGUGGCGCAAUUUUUAUUCUGAGUCAACUGGAUCGCGAGGAAACUGCCAGAUACGUGCUGAAUAUGUCCGUUUCAGACAGUGGCAUUGACAUACUACGAGACUUUACUAAAGUGGAAAUACACCUACUUGACGUCAAUGACAAUUCUCCAAUGUUUGACAGCGAUAAUUAUCUAGUUGAGGUGGAAGAAGAACUAACAUCCGGGACAUAUUUAUUCACAGUAACAGCUACAGACCCGGAUGCUGGCAGUAAUGGCGAUGUGUUGUUCAGUCUGACUACCACAGACUUCGUAAUAAACCAGACAACAGGGGAGAUAUCAACUGAUGUACGAUUGGAUUUCGAAGAGGAUGAUAGCCGAAGAUACGCAUUUUUUGCACUCGCCGUUGACCAAGGUGAGCCCGGACUGACGUCGACGGCUUCCAUCAAAAUACAGUUGGUUGAUAUCAAUGACAACGCUCCCAUUUUCACUGAACCUGUAUAUUACGGUAACGUUGAUGAGAACGCAGAAACCGGAACUACGGUAAUCAUGAAACGUUAUAUUGAAACUACUGACGCUGACGCUGGGCGCAACGCCGAUGUGUUAUAUACGCUCACCGGAAAUGACAGUGAUCAAUUCCAUAUUGAUGCCAACACGGGUAUAAUUACCACGACUGGUGAUGACGUAACUCCAAUUUUGGAUCGUGAAAAAAUAAGUCUGUAUCACUUGGUCGUCACCGCACACGAUGGUACCCACAAUUCCACGGUCCCAAUAAACAUUACUGUGAAUGAUGUUAAUGACAACGCUCCAUUAUUUGAAGAGGCGGUUUACCACUUCAAUGUGAGUGAAGACGCAACUGUCGGAACCACUGUAGGGUUGGUCGUAGCCCAAGAUAUGGACACCGGAAUCAAUUCUCGGUUGACAUAUUUUCUAGUCGGCGGAAGUGACGUACUUGCCACUGACCGAGGCAAACCUACUCUAACAUCAUCGGCCUCCAUCAAAAUACAAGUGGUUGACGUCAACGACAAUGCGCCAAGCUUCACCGAACCUGUCUAUUACGGUGACAUUGAUGAGAACUCGGCAACUGGGACAACUGUAACCAUGAUUCCUUGUAUCGAUGCUACUGAUUCUGACGCAGGCCUCAAUGCAUCUAUAGUUUACACAAUCACUGGUGAAGAUAGCAACCAAUUCCAGAUAGACAGCAUUACUGGUAUAAUUACGACAACAGACAACGAGAUUGUACUCAAUCUUGACCGUGAGGAUAAAGACGUCUAUCAACUUGUUGUUACUGCGUCAGAUAGAAAUGGCUUAAAUGAAAGUCUUAGUUCUAUUGUUCCUAUUAUUAUAACAAUCAACGACGUCAAUGACAAUGCACCAAUAUUUGAUGAAAGCUACUAUUACUUCUCAGUAAGUGAAGAUAGACAUGUUGGAUACUCUGUAUCUUAUGUGAGUGCGUAUGACGAUGACAUCGGUAUAAACUCACGACUGAGUUAUUUUGUUAUUGAUGGAGAUGGGAGCUUUGGUGUGGACCCAAUAAAUGGCACGAUAUCUGUGUUAAGUCCACUCAACCGUGAGAUAACCCAUAAUUCCACUUUAACAGUCUUAGUUGUAGAUGGCGGCGAAGAUAUCCUUUGUGACACUGCCAAAGUACGAAUUAAAAUUUUAGACGUCAAUGACAAUGCUCCUGUGUUUGAUAGCGAGUUAUACCUAGCAAACGUGACAGAAAAAGCGUCGAUAGGAGUGUUCGUAUUGAGAGUUAAAGCAACCGACCCAGAUGAAGAAGAUAAUGGCGUUGUACGUUAUCGUCUGAAUUCCACCGAUUUUACUAUUCAAGAAUCAACAGGGGUUAUCUUAACCGCCCGAACAUUUGAUUAUGAAGUUCUUGUUGAUAGACAACAUGAAUUUGAAGUCUACGCCGAGGACAAUGGUCUGUCACCACUCACGUCUACAGCAUUAAUACGAGUGAUGGUAUUGGAUGUUAAUGACAAUGCGCCGAUCUUCAGUCAGGAAACAUACAAAUCGUAUGCACUAGAUGGCAUGCCUCAAGGAUACCCUAUCGUCGUCACCCAUGCCUAUGACAACGAUAGUAGCAGUAAUGGUGAGAUGUCAUACCACAUAACAGAGAAUACCACAGACUUGUUCAGGGUUGACUAUAAAGGAGUGGUCAGUGUGAAUGGAUUGGUGAACUACGAUGAAUUGAUGGAGAAUGGAUUGCUAGAUAUUGAUGAUUCUCUGCAGUUUUUGGUGGUUGCUAUGGACCAUGGGGUGACGAGUUAUAACAGUAGCUGUACCAUCAAUGUCACGAUAACUAAAGUACCGUUAGAAGAAUCCGUAUGUGAGUACAAUGGUACCUGGUUUGGAAGUAACUUUUAUCAGUUUGAAGUGGAAGAACACUCUCCUCAAAACACGUUUGUGGGUGACGUUUCAGUAGAAGCGUACGACAUGGAAGAACCAGUUUACUCAAUACUAGAAGACUAUGCUGACAGUGUAUUCGACGUGACUGAUGAUGGUUAUAUUGUCACGGAUGGUGAUAUAGACAGAGAAGUGAAUCAGACCAUAACAUUCACUGUUGUUAUUCAGAACCAAUAUAACACUGUCACAGUUAAAUACGUUCCUGUGCACGUAACUGUGUUAGACAUCAAUGACAACGUUCCUAUAUUUUCACAAACAAUAUAUAUUACAGAGAUAUUGGAAUACUCAUCAGCUGACACUUUCAUUUCACCUGUGUAUGCAAGUGAUUUAGAUUCAGGAUUAAGAGGCAAAAUUAGCUACGGACUUUAUCUUAGCAACUAUUUUUGGAUGGAUAACCAUCACUUGCGAAGUGCCCAGAAACUUGUCAUUAGUGAAAUGCUGGAUGCUGGGGUGAUCUUCAUUAAUGAUGUUGUAGAUGUAGAUAUAUAUGCAGUAGAUGGAUAUGGGCGUCUGGGAAGCAAUAACGCAACAGUUAGAGUGAAACUGACAUCAGAUAGCAUUAAUAACAAUAGAACAUAUCUCAAUGAAAACGUCUCCGAGAAUCAACCACAUGGAACCUAUGUAGUAAAUGUUACUACAGAUGCAUUUCCUUCUUAUGAUAUUAAAUAUGGAUUUGUGGAAUCUAACGUUACUGACUUUUGCAUUGAUGAAACUACAGGCGAAGUUGCCACAGCAAAACCGCUCAACCGAGAAGAAAGAUCUUUAUAUCAGUACUCAAUUAUGGUAUAUAUUGACGACGAAGCCGUGUGUCUCGCCGAUCCUAUUGUUGCGGAGCUCAAGAUCACUGUGACAGAUGAAAAUGACAAUUUUCCAUAUUUCCUACGUGAUUAUUAUUAUGGCCAGGUUGAGGAAAAUGACCAGCUUGACGAUACUUUGCCACAAGGCAAUGAAGAAGUUCUUCUGGCCUAUCCAAUAAUGUCAAUAGACAUGGAUUAUGGAUUCAAUGCUUCAACGAUCUAUACUCUAUCUGGUGAUGGUCAUGAACAGUUUAAAAUAGAUAACAAAACAGGUGUCAUCACAACAACUGAUGAUGAAUCAGUUUUAGACUUAGAUCGUGAAGAACGAGAUCGUUAUGAUUUGGAAGUGAUAGUGUCUGAUCGGGAUGGUGUAGAUGAUCUGAGUCUUAAUUCCAGUGUUUCAUUAACUAUUGUAUUACGUGACGUGAAUGACAACUAUCCACAGUUUACAAAGGAUGAGUAUUACUAUGUAAUCUGGGAAAACACGCCCUCUGGAUACGAGAUUGACGUUAUUAAUGCCACGGAUAAUGAUAGUGGCAAUAAUGCCAUUAUUAGUUUUGCGAUUCAUUCUGGUGCUGAUGGUUAUUUCAAAAUCAACCGAAACAAUGGUGUGUUGAGCGUGGCAGACACACUUGACCGUGAAUACAAGGCUAAAUAUGUGAUUACAAUUUCGGCGAGUGACCAUGGUGUACCUAUUCUAACAACCUACAUUGAGAUGGUCAUUGAAUUACUCGAUGUCAAUGACAACCAACCUACAUUUACGCAAAAUGCUUAUAGAGCUCAACAAGAGGAAGGUGUCGCCACUGGAACAAGUGUGUUAAGGGUAACAGCUGUCGACUCAGAUGCAGGGUCGAAUGGUCAAGUAAAAUAUACGGCCAAUACAACUGAUUUCACAAUAAAUAGUGUUACAGGUGAAUUAACCACACAUGCUGCACUUGAUUUUGAAGAUACUGGUGGCAGAGUUUACAAGUUCGAUGUAUUUGCAGUGGAUAAUGGCGAACCGUCCCAUACAGCAUCUACUCUGGUUACAAUCACUGUCACUGAUAUCAAUGACAAUCCACCAGUAUUUGCAGGCACAUAUGAAUGUACUAUUGAUAAACUCAUGGUUGAAAGUGACAUACUAGUGAUAGUGAAGGCCACGGAUGAUGACAGUACUACAAAUGCAGAGCUUGUUUACUCACUCGACAAUGAUGAUUUCUCUGUUGACGACAGUGGUGUUAUUACCCUCGCUAAAGAUGCUGCAGAUAUCACCUGUGUUCAACCUGAAUUUGAUUCCCGUUGUGUUGUGAUAUGUGUCACUGCACACGACGGUGGUGAACCUUCUCUCUAUGCAAGCACCAAUGUGUUUGUGUGGAGAGGUGGUUCAAAUGGCAGACUUGAGUUUAGUCAAGCUGAGUAUCGUGGUCGUGUUUUAGAAGAACAAAACCCACCUGUAUAUGUGUUAACAGUAUCAGUCAGUAAUGAUGAUACUGUCGAUUUCCACAUUACAAGUCACGUAGAAGAGUUCACAAUCAACAAAUCAACGGGUGAUAUAUAUACUGCAAUGAAGUUGAACAGAGAACUUAAAGAUUGGUAUUCCUUCUCCGUUUCUGCUAGCGACAUCGAUGGUAUAAAAUAUGAUGCAUAUUCUCUGGUAAACAUAUUGGUUAAUGACAUCAACGACAAUAAUCCAAUAUUUGACAGACCGUCUUACAGAGGCGAAGUAUAUGAGCGUGAUUAUUCAACAUCCCCUACAGCCGUAUUGACUGUGGUCGCGAUUGAUGCCGAUACGGGUCCCAAUGCUGAAAUAAUGUAUAGCAUAACAGUUGGACAUAAUGGUGAGUUUUACAUCGAUUUGAAUGGAACCAUAUAUGCUGUUGGUAAUGUUGACAGAGAAGAAGUUCCUUUGUAUACACUAACAGUAACGGCAACAGACAAUGGGGUACAACCACAGAGCAGUACUGUUUCCGUAGACAUCAUAGUUACUGAUAUCAAUGACAACACGCCUACAUUCACACAACGUCACUACAAUGGUUCUGUUGAAGAAAAUGUCCAAUACUACAUUGAAAUCGUCCACGUGAUUGCAACUGAUGCAGAUGAAGGCACCAAUGCUGAUGUGUACUACACAAUUGUGUCUGGGGAUGACGGCAACUUUGAGAUUAACUUGUAUUCUGGGAUUAUCGCCCCAACUACAAAUGCUGUAAUUGAUUAUGAGACUAAAUCUCACUACAUUUUGCGGGUUUUAGUGGAAGAUGCUGGAUUCCAUGCUUUACGUAACGUUACCAGCGUUCAUAUAGAAGUCAUCGAUGUUAAUGACAAUGCGCCUUAUUUCAUCGGUGAACCAUACGAUGCAGAGGUCCCCGUUACUGCUGAUCUGAACUCCACGGUAUUUACUGUCGUUGCCGAAGAUGCUGACUCUGGGGAGAAUGGUAGAAUCAUUUACACUAUGAAAGGAAGUGAGUACUUCAUUAUUGGAAGGGAUACUGGUGAAAUACGGGUGAUAAAGGUGUUGAUAGGCGGUGUGGGAACGCACGAGUUGACCAUUAACGCUUCUGAUAACGGGAAACCGCCACUUUCAACAACAACCAUGGUUACUAUCACUGUACGGGAAGUCAACAUAUACGCACCUGAAUGCGAUCCUUCAAAUUACACUGCAGAAGUGAGCGAAAAUGUGCCCGAUGGUACUUACGUUGCCACGGUUACUGCCACUGAUAGAGAUUCGGCAAACAAAUCUGUAUGGGAAAUUAAUGGGUCCGGUAUUGUAUAUUAUGAAAUUAUUCAAGGCAAUGAUGAAGGUUUCUUUGAGAUACAUAUAAACAGCGGGGAAAUACGAACUAAUGGUACUAUUGACAGGGAAUUGGAAGCGUUCGUGUACCUAGUGGUUUCGGCGUAUGAUGGAGGUUUGCCAUCAAAACAAGACAAUGCUACUAUCGAUAUUACGUUAUUAGAUGUUAAUGAUAACGCACCAUCUGUAUACCCCAGUGAGAUGCACUCGUGUAUUUACCAUGACUCUCCAAUUGGAACAUUUGUCGUGGAUGUUAACGCCACAGACCCAGAUAUGAUUGGAGAUAUAACAUAUUCAUUGUCACCUACAGUGGAAUCAGUAAGAGACAUGUUUGAAAUCGACGAGCUGUCCGGCGUUAUCACAACCGACACAAACUUUACCGUGGACAUGACGGAUAUGGAAUAUUUGUUGACGGUUUUAGUGAAAGAUGGCAACCCAGUCCACAGCGACUAUGGCUGUGUCACUAUCGAAAUACGUUAUAACGAUUUAAACUUGCACAGUCCUAAAUUUUCACAAGAUGAAUACUCCACAGUGGUACCGGAAUACCUACCAAUUGGGGCAGUUCUUGAUCUAGAUAUCAUGGCUAUCGAUAUAGAUGAUGUUGAUGACGGAGCAGUGACGUAUUCACUUGCGUAUGAAGGAAAUGAGAGGGGGAUAUUUGAGAUCGAUCCAAUGUCUGCCAAUAUCUCCACAUGUUAUUUGCUGGAUCCUUACGAGGAUACGCCAUCAUACAAUUUGACUGUUAUCGCUACCGAUGCAGGUGAACGACCCAAAUCAAGGUCUAAAGAAAGCCUUAGUGAAGAUCCGUUUCCGCCAAUGUUACCACCCAGACCAGUGAAGUAUGACAAUGAUAAAGUAGUUAGUGGGAAGGAAACACGUGGAUAUAACGUGUAUACAUUGCCACAUGAAAUAAAUCAAACGAUUAAUAAUAGUGUCCCGGCAAUACCGGCAGCGACGCAUUCAGUACCUAAUUAUCUAGUGAUGAGGGAACCAGACACAGAAUACCUGGACCUGGACAACAUGCAAGCAGAGACAGUUCCUAACUAUCUUGUGAUGAAUGAUGGUAUAGAACUUGGUGCCGAAUACUCUGACAUGGACAAUAUGGAAGAAUAUGGAGAUUACCUUCAACCAUCUACUGGACAGGAAUCUCAUGAAUAUUUAGAUCUAAGGCAAUCACAACAGAAUUACAUGAACACAGGAAACGAAUACAAUGAAGUGUUCUUGUCAAAGGAUGUCUUGGACUUCAUAUCCCAGAUCCAGCUAGAGAAUCACGAAUCGGCGGCAGAAUAA